CUCCUUCGCCCCCUAUAAAAAAACUUCAGUGGUUCUUGCUUCGCUGUCAGCAGCUUCAACAAGAGGCACCAAACUUUGAGGAACCAUGGCGGAAUCUAUUAAGGAGCACCUGCAGGAAGCUUUUGAGGAUCUGGGUGCUGAUAAUCUAAGAAGGUUUAAAAGCAAACUGGGCGAUCGGAGGCAGGGACCGCGCGUCUCAAAGUCUACAAUCGAAAAGCUGAAAGACGAGAUAGAUCUGGCUGAUUUAAUGGUCAACACUUUCACAUCUAAAGACGCGGUUUCUGUAACAGUGGAGAUUCUGAGGGCGAUCAAGUGUAAUGCAGUAGCAGAUGACCUAUUGAAAAACACAGGGCAAUCAGAAAGCCAAGGUGCUCCCUCUGAGGCAGAAAGCAAAGGUGCUCCCUCUAAGGCAGAAAGCAAAGCUGCUUUCUCCAAGGUGAACUUCAUCGAUGAUCACUGGAUAGAAUUGAUAGACCGAGUUAAUAAUGUGGACCCCGUCCUAGAUGUACUUCGGCAGAAGAAAGUCAUCACAAAUGAGGAUUACUGUACCAUUCGUACUAAGGAGACUCCUCAAAAGAAGAUGAGAGAGUUAUUAACAGGCCCAAUCACAUCUGCUGGCAACAAAGGAAAAGAAAUCUUGUAUGAAGCUCUCAGAGAGAACAACAGGUUCCUGAUGGAUGACCUUGAGAAUGCUCAGUGAUGAUUAAAUAUUCUCAAUCUGCA